AUGUGUGUCACGAUUCUGAGAUUUUUAGAAAGGUCAUGUAAUUGAGAAGAAUUUCUUCUGAAUCACAGGAAAUACAGAAUGCAUUUAAUUUACGCUAUUACGCUACUUCACUAAAUUAUUUCUCAAACUCUCUUCUCACUUGCUAUUCACUCAAAAAUCCUGAAUAAGUUGCGACUUAACAUAUCUGUGAUAGUUUAUAUUAUGGUCAAAUUUCCAAUUGGUCGCAAAGAUUUCUAAACGUGACAUAUAAAAAUAGCAGUUUGAAAAGUCGCGAUAUCGUAGACGUAUAGAAUGUAACAAAAUCGCGACAUAGAUCCAUCGAGUUGGUUUCUCUUCUUGUUCACAGGUAUUACGAAACCGGCAGCUUCAAGGCUGGCGUGAUAGGUGGCUCGAAGCCGAAGGUGGCAACGCCGCCGGUUGUCGAGGCGAUCGCUAAUUACAAGAGGGACAAUCCGACGAUGUUCGCGUGGGAGAUCAGGGAUCGAUUGCUCGCUGAAGGUAUUUGCUCGCAGGACAACGUGCCAUCCGUCUCUUCGAUCAAUCGGUGA